GGGGUGACCCAGGGCUCCAGGGGACGGAUCCGUGGGGAUUCUGCUCAGCUCCUGCAAGGGGAUCCCCAAGCCAGCGCUAAGAGGUUCUGCCCUCCUUCUCUCUGCAAAGCCAGGGAGGCUGCAAGUAGCAGGAGGUCUGCAACUCCUCUUGCUCCUUUGGGGAGGGGUCACUGAGUCAGGAAGAAAAGGGCCUGCAGAGGAACCCUGAUGGGACUGAGGAAUCAGCCCAGGUGGCAGCCAGAUGGAAACAUCUGGAGGCAGAAAUAAAAACUUGGCCUCUGUGCUAAACAAAGUCCUUUCAUCUCGCAGUGCGCAGUUAGACCCAUGGAACUCCCUGCCACAGGAGGAAGAGAUGGCUUGAGAAGAGGAUGAGGCCCAUUCAGGGAGGAGCAGAGGGCUAGCGAUGGCUCCAGGCCCCCCAGUGGGAGGCAGCCAUGCUUCUGAAGGGGGAGAGAGUUGCCCUCAGAACAAAGACAGAAGUCUGCCUUAAGAAUAUGGGAAUAUGGUGCUUGAACUCCGAGUCUGGGCUGUGAUUCAGACUCAUCCAUGCUGGCCCAGGGAACAUUUCUCUUCUCCUGACUGUGUAUCAAUCUUGUAGUAGAAGAAUGCAUUUGCUUUACAGGAUUCUCUGGCACCUCUCAGUAGGACAGGCAGAACUUGGCAGAAGACCUAGGGACUCCUUCCGAUCUCCUGGAGGUGUCAAGAGAAUAGAGAUGGAUGAGCAAGACUCAGCUGGCCCUGAAGCAGGAAGAGGCCUUGCCAUGGAAACUGAGAGCAAUGGGGGAUUCCAUGAAGACUCCGUGCAGAAGAUCCUGGGUGAGGAGGACACCCUUUGCUCAGAGGUGCAGAGUCAGCAGCUCAGUCAGUUCUUCUACCAGGAGGCCAAAGGACCCCGAGAGGUUUGCAGCCAACUCUACCACCUUUGCUGUCAAUGGCUGAAGCCAGAAAGGCACACGAAAGCUCAGAUGUUGGACCUGGUGAUCUUGGAGCAGUUCCUGGCUGUCCUUCCUCUGGAGGUGGAGAUCUGGGUGAGGGAAUGCGGAGCGGAGACCAGUUCCCAGGCAGUGGCUCUGGCCGAAGGUUUCCUCCUGAGUCAGGCAGAGGAGAGGAAGCAGGCAGAGCAGCAGGGGAAGGAUCUGUUAGCAGAAAUAGGUCCGGAUUCCUCUGAGAUAGAAAAGACUCCCUUGGACUCCAGAGGGAGGCCUCUGGGAGACGGAACGAGGCCAGCAAGACCUGCUUGUCCAUCUUUUCUUGGUGGCGGAGGGGAAGCUGCCCCUGUGGACCCAGAGCAGGGUCCAGUGUGCUUUGAAGAUGUGGCUGUCCAUUUCACAGACGAGGAGUGGGCGUUGCUGGAUCCUGACCAGAGAGCUCUCCAUAAGGAAGUCAUGGAGGAGAGUCGUGGGAUCUUGGACUCUCUCGUUUCAGGUGGGGAUGAAUUGGAAAUGAAGAACAAGGGAGACUACAACGAAAUCCACACAGUGGAGGAGCCAUAUCAAGAUUCAGACUGUGGAGAGAGCUUCAGUCAGAGCUCCCAUUCCGCUUCCCAUCAAAGAAAUCCGCUUGAGAAGAAACACUAUCACUGCUUGGAGUGUGGAAAGAGCUUCAGUAACAGCAACGAUCUCACUUCCCAUCGUAGAAUUCAUACAGGGGAGAAACCCUAUCAGUGCUUGGAAUGUGGAAAGAGCUUCAUUGACAGACGCUAUCUCAUUGCCCACCAGAGAAUUCAUACAGGGGAGAAACCCUAUCAGUGUGUGGAAUGUGGAAAGAGCUUCACUCGGAGUACCAAUCUCACUUCCCAUCAAAGAAUUCAUACAGGGGAGAAACCCUAUCAGUGCCUGGAAUGUGGAAAGAUACUCAGAAAUUGCUCAGAUCUCACUUCCCAUCAAAGGAUUCACAAAGGGGAGAAACCCUUUCAGUGUGUGGAAUGCGGAAAGAGCUUCAGUCAGAGGGCCAAGCUCACUUCCCAUCAAAGGAUUCAUACAGGGGAGAAACCCUAUCAGUGCAUGGAAUGUGGAAAGAUCUUCACUGAAAGCUCCUCUCUCACCUCCCAUCAAAGAAUUCAUACAGGGGAGAAACCCUUUCAGUGCAUGGAAUGUGGAAAGAGCUUCACCUGGAAAGAAAGCCUCACUUCCCAUCGUAGAAUUCAUACAGGGGAGAAACCAUAUCAUUGCUUGGAGUGUGGAAAGAGCUUCAGUCAAAACCGCGGUUUCACUUCCCAUCGUAGAAUUCAUACAGGGGAGAAACCUUAUCACUGCUUGGAGUGUGGAAAGAGCUUCAGUAACAGCCACGAUCUCACUUCCCAUCGUAGAAUUCAUACAGGGGAAAAACCCUAUCAGUGCGUGGAAUGUGGAAAGAGCUUCAAUCAGAGUUCCCAUCUCACUUCCCAUCAAAGGAUUCAUACAGGGGAGAAACCCUAUCACUGCUUGGAGUGUGGAAAGAGCUUCCGUCAGAGCUCCCAACUCACUUCCCAUCAAAGGAUUCAUACAGGGGAGAAACCAUAUCAGUGCCUGGAAUGUGGAAAGAGCUUCAGUCAAAGCAACAAUCUCAUUUCCCAUCAGAGAAUUCACACAGGGUAGAAACUAUUUCAGUGCCAAGAGUGUGAUCGGAGGGAUUUAUGAAAGUCUGGUCUCAUUUUUAAAGUUCUUUUAUAAAAUAGAAUUGGAGCUCUUAAAAGGACUGGCUGAAAAAGCUAAAAUCAAGACAGGUUUGGACAAGUUUGUUUCUCUUUGAAGGAAAAUAUUUCUUCUACUCUGAGCCACUUAAAGAGAAUUGAAUUCCUGCAAGACAACCACUCUUAUCUGGACACCUAAAUUGCUAUGUCCUCUUGGACACAUUAUUUCUUUUUUCUGUUUUAUGGUUCCUCUCUUAAAGUAAUUAUUUGGUUUGUUUGUUUAAUUCGAAUCUUAAUUUAAGAAAUUGGAUUUUAUGUUAAACAUCUUAUGUGUGUUGGGGAUCAGGCUGGAAGGAAGAGGGAGGGCUGGAAAAAUGCAGGAAACAGGAUCUCUUGGGAAAGAGUUAUUCUGUGGCCUUGACAAACUGAUAAGGUGCUGCUGGAAAAUAGGGAGAGGGAGAUUUUGAAUAUGGCAGUUCAAAAACAGUUAACAGCAGGCCUGUGUUAAAUUUGGAGACCCUAUUAGCCCGAAUUGAUGAAAAUAAUGAAAUGGAGACAAAUUUGACCACUAAAGCAGUGACAAAGAAAACAGAAGCACUAAAUGUCUCCAUGAAAGGAAGGGAAGAGAAGGCUGAAAAGCUGGAAAAGAAGAUAAAAAAUGAAAAUCAGAACAGGAGAUGCUUAGGAUUGAUGUGCACGGUUUGGGUGGAAGAUAAGAGGCAACUGCGGGCGCUUUGGCGGUCCUAGAGAUGAGACAGAAAGCCCAGCCUCUGAGACGGAGAGGAGGGAGGAGAGCAGGAUUUUAGCAAAGGUUUGAGCGGAGUGGCUGGGAGUGGAAGAGGAAUUCAUGGAGGAGGCGCCACCCUCCUCACAGCUGGGGGUGGUGGUUUUUGGGUAGAAAACCAAUGUGAAUAAAUCCCCCCCAGUGAAACCCCCUGGCCAGUCUUCCUGUCUCCCUCUCCUUGUGCCCCCACUCUGCCCAAAUCAAAGUCCCAGCCAGCAGCUGCCCCCCAGGCCUUCCUCCGUUCAUCUUGGGGCCUCAAGGCAUGCGGGCAGAAUUUGGUGGGGGGCCAGGCUGGGCUCAGAGGUCUGCUUUCCUCUCCUUCCACUGGGAAGCUUGUCUACUAUCUAAUGGAUAAAGGGUUGUUUGGAAGACUAAGCCCUCUCUACCCCCCACCCUGUUUUGAAAUAAAGCCCAUUUAAGAAUUGGGGACACGGAGGAAGGAGAUUGUUAUGUACUAAGCUUGGAUCCUAGAACAAUAGGCAAGUAGGAUCCUAGAAUGCAACAACUGCUUGGCUUGCAGGAAAAGACCAAUCAGGCUCCAGGAGGGAAGCAGAAUCUGUUAGGAUAUUUCUGUUCCUCCUUUAAAAAGGGAACAGGCUGUUGUGUGUCACAUGCCUGCUAACUUCCUGCUCACUGGGCGUUUCCGUUUUGUAUAUAGCUUUUGUUCUGGCUGUUUUCCUUGACAUGGAUGCAAGCAGUCAUGUUUUUCCUUUGUUCUGACCAACGUUGAAUAAAGCUGUAAAUAUGCUCUCCUGGGUGAAUCUUCUGUUGUGGAAACUCUGCGAGAAAGGCGUGCAUGAGUCUUGGAAUGCGUCUGAGGGUCGUGUCGCUAAUUGACUGAUGAGGAUCCAACGGGAGACCAGAGAUCGUCCGGAGAUGACGUGGAGGCCUGAUGCCUCUGUCUCCCUGGCAGUAUCCCAACAGAAGCAGCCAAUCAGACGGGACUCAUUGUGUAAAUAAUGUAUAUAAAAGCCUGAGGUUUGGGGUGCAAUUAAAUCACUGUUUUACAAACUGCAAUAAAGAGCAUGAAAUCAC